CAAUUUUAGCAAAUUCUCUACCUCUCUUUCUCUCUCUAUUCUCUGGAAGAAAAAUGGAGAUAUCAGUUGCGUCGGUAACACUAUCACUAGCUGUAGUUCUCAUGUCAUGGUUGGUAUGGAGAACUUUGAAAUGGGUUUGGUUUAAACCGAAGAUGCUUGAGAGUUAUUUGAGAAGACAAGGUCUUGCCGGAACUCCUUACUCGCCUUUCGGCGGCGAUUUGAAGAGGAAUUUCAGCAUGUUGGCGGAGGCAAGAUCAAAACCCAUCAAACUAACGGAUGAUAUCACACCACGUCUCGUGCCUUAUCCCUUGCAAAUGCUCAAGACUCACGGAAGGACUUUCUAUACAUGGUUUGGACCUAUACCAACCAUCACUAUAAUGGAACCUGAGCAAAUCAAGGAAGUGUUCAACAAAGUUUAUGAUUUCCAAAAGCCACAUACGUUCCCUUUGGGAACAUUAAUAGCUAAAGGACUCGCUAAUUAUGAUGGUGAUAAAUGGGCGAAACACCGAAGAAUCAUCAACCCGGCUUUUCAUAUUGAGAAGAUCAAGAAUAUGGUACCUGCAUUCUACCAGAGCUGUAGCGAGGUUUUUGGGCAAUGGGACAAGUUAGUGUCGGAAAAAGGGUCGUCAUGUGAGGUCGACGUUUGGCCUGGGCUUGUCAGUAUGACUGCAGAUGUGAUCUCUCGUACUGCUUUUGGCAGCAGCUACAAAGAAGGACAGAGGAUAUUUGAGCUCCAAGCAGAACUAGCACAGCUCAUCAUUCAAGCUUUUCGGAAAGCUUUCAUCCCUGGAUACAGUUAUCUCCCUACAAAAGGUAACAGAGGGAUGAAAGCAAAAGCGAGAGAAAUCCAAGUUAUACUGAGAGGGAUCGUUAACAAAAGGUUAAGGGCGAGAGAAGCUGGGGAAGCACCAAGCGACGAUUUGCUGGGUAUACUUAUAGAAUCAAAUUUGGGACAAACAAAAGGAAAUGGAAUGAGUACCGAGGAUCUGAUGGAGGAGUGCAAGUUGUUCUACUUCGCUGGGCAAGAGACUACAUCAGUACUUCUGGUUUGGACAAUGGUUCUGUUAAGCCAACACCAAGACUGGCAGGCUCGUGCACGAGAAGAAGUGAAGCAAGUCUUUGGCGAUAAAGAACCUGAUACAGAAGGCCUUAAUCAACUCAAAGUUAUGAAUAUGAUAUUAUACGAGGUCCUCAGGCUAUAUCCUCCAGUAACCCAGCUGACCCGAGCCAUUCACAAAGAGAUGAAGCUAGGUGACCUAACACUACCAGGCGGUGUUCAUAUCAGUCUACCCAUUCUGUUAAUCCAACAUGACACCGAGCUGUGGGGUAACGACGCAGCAGAGUUCAAGCCUGAGAGAUUCAAAGACGGUCUCUCAAAGGCAACAAAGAGCCAAGUCUCCUUCUUUCCUUUUGGGUGGGGACCGAGGAUAUGCAUCGGCCAGAACUUUGCACUGCUUGAGGCAAAGAUGGCAAUGGCUUUGAUUCUACAAAAGUUCUCCUUUGAGAUUUCUCCUUCAUAUCUUCACGCGCCUUACACAAUCAUCACAGUUCACCCACAGUUCGGUGCUCCUCUUAUCUUGCACAAGCUCUAAAAUCCUACAACCCCUUGUGUCUUUGUCGAGUAAACUUGUUAUACACAGAUGAAACGAGUUAGAUCACAAUGUAAAACUCAACAAAUCUUUUUAAAACCCUUGGAGCAGUGAUUCUCACGUGAACAAAUCACUGACAAAACUGCCUACUAGACCACAUUUUUCAAACCACAAACCGACUUGACAAAAAUACCUACUAGACAAUUGUAAUUUUGGAUAAGUGCUUCGCACAUAUGACAAUAUAACAUUACCAAA